AUGGCAACACUUGAGCUUUUUGAAAUUCUAGAAAAAUUAACAGAGGAUGAGUUUAAGAAUUUCCAGUGGAUCCUGAAGCAUGAUAACAUCUUGGAGGGCUUUAAAGGCAUCCCAGUGGCUCGGCUGGAGAAAGCAGAAAGGCGAGAUACAGUGGAUCUGAUGGUACAGAAACAUCAGGAUCAUGGAGCUCUGCAGCUAACCAAGAAGGUUUUAGAAAAGAUCGGCAGGAAUGAUCUGGUGCAGAGUUCACAAAACUUCCAACCUGAACCAAAAGGACCAACAGAUGCAUCUCCAGGCUCAACAGUCCUGUCCCACCAUGAUAAUGAACCAGCCCAACUUCCAACUAAACAAAGAGCAGGUAGUGGACGGCAGAAGGUUUUAGGUACAUAUUAUUUCAUUCUGAAGAAGAAAUUUCAGAAAGCCACUGACGGAACUGAUAAAGCAGGAAGAAAAACCCUCCUCAAAAAGAUUUUCACUGAGGUCUACAUCACAGAGGGAAAGAGUAGAGAGGAUAAUAUCCAACACGAAGAGAAGCAGCUUGAAACAGCUUCGAAGACAAACACCCUCCAUGACACUCCAAUCAAGUGUCACGACAUCUUUAAAGUCUUACCUGACCAAGAGGAACACAUCAUCAAAGUUGUUCUGAUGAGCGGCGUCGCUGGCGUUGGAAAAACCUUCUCAGUGCAGAAGUUCAUUCUGGACUGGUUAGAGGGCUCCGAAAACCAAGAUAUCAGUCUGCUGAUUCCACUUUCGUUCAAGGAGCUGAACGUGGUCAAAAAAGAGCCGCACAGUCUGCUCACACUGAUCCGUCGUUUUUAUCCAACAUUAGAGAACGUCAUAGCAGAGAUGCUCGAUUCUGAAGACUUUAAAGUUUUGUUCAUCUUUGACGGCCUGGAUGAAAGCAGACUUUCACUGGAUUUCGAGAACAAUGAGGUCAUGUCAGAUGUCACACAGAAGUCAUCAGUCAGUGUACUGCUGACAAACCUCAUCACAGGGAAUCUGCUUCCCUUUGCUCUCAUCUGGAUCACUUCCAGACCUGCAGCAACCAAUCAGAUCCUAGAUCAGGAUUGUGUUGACAGGUUAACAGAAGUACGAGGCUUCACUGACGCACAGAAGGAGGAGUACUUCAAGAAGAGAUUCAGUGUUGAGCAGUCCAGCAAAAUCAUCUCACACAUCAAGACAUCCAGGAGCCUCCACAUCAUGUGUACCAUCCCAGUCUUCUGCUGGAUCAUUGCUAGAGUUGUGGAGAGCACGUUAAAUACAGACCAGAGAGGAGAGCUGCCCGAGACCAUGACUGACCUGUACUCACACUUCCUGGUGGUUCAGACAAAGAGGAAGAAGAACAAAUAUGAUGAGGGACCUGAGACCAAAACACAGAAGGGGGCUGACAAUGAGUUUCUUCUGAAGCUGGGGAGGCUGGCGUUUGAACAUCUGGAGAAAGGAAACAUCAUGUUCUACCAAGAAGACCUGGAGCUGUGUGGUCUUGAUGUCAAAGAGGCCGCAGUGUCGUCAGGAUUCUUUACAGAGAUCUUCAAAGCAGAGGGUGUGAUCUUUGAGGAAACAGUCUACAGCUUUGUUCAUCUGAGUGUUCAGGAGUUUCUGGCUGCAGUCUACAUCUACCACUGUUACACCAACAGGAAGACAGAGGUACUGGAGGACUUUCUGGGAGAAGAAGAAGAAGAAGAAGAAGAAGAAGAAGAAGAAGAAGAAGAAGAAGAAGAAGAAGAAGAAGAAGAAGAAGAAGAAGAAGAAGAAGAAGCAUCAUCAUCAUCAUCAUCUCCAUCUCUGGAUGACUUUCUGAAGAGAGCCAUGGAGAAAUCUCUCCAAAAUAAAAAUGGCCACCUGGAUCUGUUUGUCCGCUUCCUUCAUGGCCUCUCUCUGAAGUCCAACCAGAGUCUCUUAGGAGACCUGCUGGGGUGGACAGAGAACAGUCCAGAAACCAUCCAGAGAUUUGCAGGCUGUUUUAGCGAAAAAGGAAGUGGACGCACUGUCAUCUUAGAGACGUUGCCUUGA